AUGUGUGCCAACGUCAACCGCUCCCAGACGACUUCAUCGUCUGACCCCGCGCGCUCGGCCGAGGCAAAGGAGGACGUCGACCGAGGCUUGCCCAUACCCUACGGCAGUUCGGAAUACUGGGACUGGUCAUGGGAUGAGCUUGCGGAAUACGAUCUUCCUGCCACUGUUGAGUACGUUUACGGGCAUACGGGAAAGCAGAAGCUUCACUAUGUGGGGCAUUCUCCGGGAACUCUGAUGGCUCUCGCAUCCUUCUGCCAUUCUGAGUUGCAAGAGAUGGUGAUAUCAGCUGUCUUGCUCUCCCCCAACGCUUACUCGAACAAGAUCGGACCCGCUACUGCCACGAAGAACAUAAUCCACUUGUCUCAGAUGAUCCGACGAGGCACCCUAGCCAAGUUCGAUUACGACGACUGCGACAAGAACACGAAGCAUUACGGGCAAGAGGUUCCUCCGGCUUACGACAUCUCGUCCUUCCCCCAUGACCUUCCUCUACUGCUGGGUUACGGGGGGGAAGACGGCCUCUCCGAUGGUGGCGAUGGCUUGCGCUUGAUGGAUGGCCUCAGGUUUCACGACCAGCACAAGUUGACCGUUCUGUAUCGGCUCGACUAUGGCCACGACGACUUCAUCAUGGCCGUCAAUGCCAAGCAGUUAGUAUAUGACCGGGUGAUUGGCUUCUCGAAGCUCCACUGA